AUGUCAAACCGUAGAAGACUAUCUAAUCUUCUAAUCACCAAGCGUUGCUUUGCUUCUCAACAGCAUCACCAUACAUCUCGAUUUGCCAAACCAACAAAGAAAGCCAGCAGCCAUGAACCAACAACAACUCACAAGGUCACCCGGAAGCCAUGGGAGGAGCUUCCGUUUCUCACCGAUCUCAAAGAAACGGAAAACCCAGAAGAAGCUCUCUCUCUCUUCCACCAUUACCAGGAGAUGGGUUUCCGGCACGACUACCCAUCUUACUCUUCUCUCAUCUACAAGCUCGCCAAAUCCCGUAACUUCGACGCCGUCGACCAAGUUCUCCGCCUCAUCCGCCAUCGAAACGUCAGGUGCAGAGAAUCACUCUUCAUGGCGUUGAUUCAGCAUUACGGAAAAGCCGGCUCGGUGGAUAAAGCCGUCGAUGUUUUCCUUAAAAUGUCCUCCUUUGAUUGCGUUCGUACGAUUCAGUCUCUGAACACUCUCAUCAACGUUUUGGUCGAUAACAGCGAGUUAGAGAAAGCUAAAAGCUUCUUCGACGGAGCAAAGGAGAUGCGUUUGCGUCCAAAUUCGGUCUCUUUCAAUAUACUGAUCAAAGGGUUUCUCGAGAAAUGCGAUUGGGAAGCUGCGUGUAAGGUGUUCGAUGAAAUGCUUCAGAUGGAAGUGCAACCCUCUGUUGUGACAUACAAUAGCCUGAUUGGAUUCUUAUGCCGAAAUGAUGAUCUUCCUAAGGCGAAAAGCUUGUUUGAAGAUAUGAUUCAGAAACGAAUACGCCCGAAUCAUGUGACAUUUGGGUUGUUGAUGAAAGGUUUAUGUUGUAAAGGAGAGUACAACGAAGCGAAGAAGCUCAUGUUUGACAUGGAGUAUCGUGGAUGUAAACCAGGUCUUGUUAAUUACGGGGUUUUGUUGAGUGAUCUUUGCAAGAGAGGGAAAAUCGAUGAGGCGAAGAUUCUACUCGGCGAGAUGAAGAAAAGGCGGAUAAAACCAGAUGUUGUGAUCUAUAACAUUUUGGUUAAUCAUCUUUGUGCUGAAGGUAGAGCUCCGGAGGCUUAUAGGACGCUGACGGAAAUGCAGAUGAAAGGUUGUAAGCCGAAUGCAGCUACUUACCGAAUGAUGGUUGAUGGGUUUUGUCGUAUUGGGGAUUUUGAUUCAGGGUUGAAUGUUUUGAAUGCGAUGCUUGCAAGCAGACACUCUCCAACACCUGCGACGUUUGUAUGUAUGGUUGCUGGGCUGAUUAAAGGCGGUAAUUUGGAACAUGCUUGCUUUGUCUUGGAGGUGAUGGGGAAGAAAAAUUUAAGCUUUGGAUCUGGUGAUUGGCAAAAUCUACUUUGUGAUCUCUGCAUCAUCAAGGAUGGAGGAGCUUGUUGUGAGGCUUUGUCUGAAGUGAUUUCUACCUAA